AUGUUCCUUUUCUUAACAAAUCUUUGGAAGGAAAAAAAAAACCAAAAUUUCUUCUUUAAAUCAAUUACAACAAUCGAAGGCAAAUUAAAUGUAGAUAGAAAAAAAAAGAAACUUAGCUCUAAAACGACCAAAUAUAUUAAUUACAUAUUUUUAAAAAGGAAAAAGGCAGAACAAAAAAUCCAUCUAAAUAAUAUAAAAAGGAAACUUCUUAAAAAUAUCUCUUCUUCCUUGUCAAGCCCAUUAGAACCAUUCCACGUUAUUUGUAAUUUCAAAAAUGAUAAAUUAAAAGCUCUCAAAAAAUACAACAUAGAGGAAAAACAAAAUAAUGCACAGAAUCUCAUAAAAAAUAUAUCUCAACAAAAUGUGUCAAAUGUAGAAUAUCUUAAAUGUACUGCCUCCAAGAGAGGAGAAGAAAAUAAUCAUUUAAUUGAAACAAACUCACCAAAGGAGGAAAAUGGAUCUUUCAUCCAAAUGGGUGAUGUGAAUUGUGUCAAUUAUGAUAGGAAGUAUAUGAACGGACAGGUAAAUGUUACAAAUAGCCAAAAAAAUGAUAUGAACGGACAGGUAAAUAUUACAAAUAGCCAAAAAAAUGAUAUGAACGUACAGGAAAAUAUUACAUAUAACCAAACAAAUUAUAUGAACGUACAGGAAAAUAUUACAUAUAACCAAACACAUUAUAUGAACGUACAGGAAAAUAUUACAUAUAACCAAACACAUUAUAUGAACGUACAGGAAAAUAUUACAAAUAGCACAAUCCUUACAAGUGAUAAUCCUUCUGGAAUGCCCAUUUAUAACGACACCGACUCUGAUAGAUACCUAGAAGAAAAUAAAUUCCUACCAACGGUGUGCAUCAAGAAAGAUAAAGAAAUGAAAGAUAUAAAGAGUUGGAAUAAUAUCAAUAACAUUAUAGACCUUAGAAAGAAUAAGGAGUUGUGUAACAUAUAUUUGAUUACUAGUAUGAUAAAUAUAUAUCAUGAGAAUAAUUACAAUUAUAUAAUAUUAAAGAUAUUAAAAGAGAUGAAGCAUAUCCAUUGUAUGAGUAUGAAGCAUAUAAGUUUAAUUAUAUACAAUAUGUAUAAAUAUUAUUACAUUCAAUAUAUAAAAAAUAUAUUUUAUAGAUCAGACGAAAUAAAUCGAACUAACUUUUAUAAUAGUUAUUACAUGUUUCCAGAAGAUGGCAUAUUAUAUAAUAAUGAGUUUAAAAUAAAAGAAGUGUUGUUAGAUGUAGAAAUAAUAAAAAAGUUUUUACUAUCCAUAUCAGGUAUAAUUAAGACGAAUAUAUAUGACGAACGUGAUAUGAAUGUGUUAAGUAAGAUAUUGUUUGUAUAUUGUUUUUUUGAAAUAAAUAAUAAAGAAAUGAGUGAAUUAUUAAUUGAUAAAAUUUUGAAAAGUAUGUAUAUAAAAGGAAAUAAAAGAAUAAAAUAUUUUUCUUUAAUAUCUUUAUCUUUUGAGAAGUUAAAGAUAUAUUAUUCUAAAGUACAUUUAUUACAUUCUAAUUUAUUAAUAAAAAAAAUGAAUAAAUUAAUAAAAGAGCAUAAUAAUAAGUUAAUUAUAAAUAAUAAAUAUAAGAUGAAGAUGAAAAAGAAAAAAUUAGAACGUAUUAAUUUAUUUCAAGUUCAUAAAAAGGACAAAAAAUUUUUGUUAAUUGAUAUGAAGGAUAUUAUAACAUAUUUGUAUAUAAUUAAGAAGAAUAAUAUAAAAAAUAAUAAAUUUAUAAAGACCUUGUUAAAAUAUUGUAAGAUAUUUUUGUUUAAAAUAAAUUGGGAAGAUACAAAUAAUAGUUAUAUAUAUUCUUAUUAUCAUAAAGUAAAUAAAAAAUCAUAUAGAACAUUAGAUUUAUUUUGUAAUGAGGAAAAUAUCAUACCAUUGUGUUAUCAGAAUGAUAUGUUAAGAAAUAUAAAAUUAUAUAAAUCGUUUGAAAAUGAGAUGGAAAUAAAGAGAAAAAAAAAUUUAUUAAAUUCUUAUAGGGAUAUUAUUAUAUCAAAUAGAAGAAUUAGAGGAAGAGGAAAAGUUAAGGUUAGACUAAUAAAUAGUCAAAAUAGAAAAAAAAAAAUAUCUCAUAAUAAUAUAAAUAAAUAUUUAGCUUUAUAUUCGUUGUAUAAUAUAAAUAAAACAGAACAGAAUUAUGGAAUACUUACAAAUGAUUAUAGAAAUAAUGUAUUAAGACAAGUGCAAAAUAUUAGGAGAGAAACUAAGUCUAGAGAGAAAUUAAUAUUUAUAAGAAGGAGAUCAAAGGAGAUGAUGGAAAAUCAUAAUAACAAUAAAGAAGACAAAAAUAUUAAAGAUGUAGAAAAAAUAAAUGAUAUUCUUAUGAAUAAUCAAAAUGAUAAUAAAGUAAUAAAUAGUGAGUUGAUUUAUUCAAAAAAUGAAAUGUUUAAUAUAUAUAAGAAAGGUAUAUAUAAUACUACUUAUGAUAAGAUGAAUAAAUAUUUGAAUAAUAAAAAUAAAUUAUAUGAUAUUGAAAAUGAAAAUAUAACAAAUAAAUAUGAUAUAAAUUUAAUAUGUAUGAGUAUAUUUCUUAAUUAUUUAAUUUCAUAUGAUUAUUUAGUUUUAAAAAAUAUUUCAGAGUUUAAUAGUUUAAUAGAAAUGUAUAUGAAUUUAAUAAGAGGUACUAACAUGAAGAAUAUCCAUUUUUUAUAUAUGUGUAAGAUAAUAGAAAUUAAUAGACAAAUACAUUUGUAUAAUAAUUUUUUAAUCAAAUUAAUUUAUUCAUCUAUUUUAUAUAAUUGUAAAAAUGGAUUGUCUUCUUUUCUUAGUAUGUUGAAGAUAGUAGGAAAUGUCAAUACAUUGAAAAAAACAAAUAAAAAAAUAAAAGACACUUUAAUAAAAAAAAAGAAUAAUUCUAUUGAUAGUACUGAUUGUUUCAAUGAUAAAAUAUAUGAUAAUUAUAAUAAUUAUUAUAAACCAUAUGAGAUAAAUUAUAAUGUUGAUGAUGACAUAUUAUUAUUUAAGUUAAAUCGUUCGAGAUAUAUGUGGUUAUAUUCUAUAAUUAAUUUAUAUAAAGAAUUAUUAAAAAGUAAAAUACAUGACUAUAUAUUGAAUGAUAUGUUGAUAAAAAAAUUAAUUGUCUUAAUAGAAAUAGAUUAUGAUUCUAAACAGUUAAGUUAUACACCUAUUUAUGGAUGUAUAAAGUUAUUAUAUAUGAUUGAAAAUGGUAUGAAGGUAAAUAUAAAUAAAAAAAAUAAAGAGAAAUAUAUUAUUAAUUUUAAAAAGGAUGAUGUUGAAGAGGAGGAGGAGGAGGAGGAAGAAUAUUAUAAUUCCUUACAGAAUACAUGUAACAAACUAUUAUUUAUAAUUUUAAAAAAAAUGGAAUAUAUUACAUUGAUCAAUACAAAUGAUAUAUUAUUAUUAUUAAAAAUUUAUAAAUAUAUUAAUAAAAUAAAAAUAUAUAGAAAAGGAUUUGAAAAUGAUAAUUAUGAAAUGAUAUUAAAAAUUGAUAAUAUGUUAAAAAAAAAAAUAAUUCUUGAAAAUAAAAAUAUAUAUAAUUUGAAUAUUAUAAAUUUUAUAAAAUUAUAUAUAUAUAGUGAUAAUAAAUUAAGGAAUGAACUUUUUCAUAUGACUAAUUUAAGUGAUCAUUUUUUAUUAUUAAUAAAUAAAAUGAAUAAUAAUAUGUAUUUUUUUGAUUUAUAUAAAUGUAUAUAUAUAUAUAUGUAUAAUUAUAUAGAUGAGGAAAUCAGCAAAUUAAAUGAUAAAAAAAUUUUUAUAAAGAAAGAUCAUAUUAUAAGUUCAAUAAAGAUGUUAGAAUUUUUAAGAAAUUAUAUGACCAAAAAUAUGAAUAAAAUACAGAAUAAAUAUAUUUAUAAAAUUAUAAUGUAUAACUUUUUUUAUAUAAAUCAUUGUAUAAAAUUAUCAAACAUGUUAUGGUCUUCUAAAUGUAGUAGCAAAAAAAAAAAAUUCAUUUAUAAUGAUAAGAUAAAUAUAAAUAAAUAUUACAAUUAUGAUUAUAUUGAAAAUAGGAAAAAACCAAAAAAAAAAAAUUAUAUAUUAUACAUGUUUAUAAAACAUGUAGAUAUAAUGUUUGAUAUAAUUAAUAUGUCCUUAAAAAAAGAAAACUGUCUAUUUUAUAAAAAAUUUAAUGAGAAAAAUAUAUUGAUUUAUAUAUUUUCUUUAUAUAUAGAAAAUAUGAGUAAAAACAAAAACAAAAUUAUUGGUAAUCUUUUUUUUUCUUCAAAUAAGAAUAGGACACAUGGAAAAGAAUUUCUUGACAUUUUAUCAAAAAAUAAAUUAUAUUUAUAUAAUAAUAAAAUGAAUACAUGUGAUGAUAUUAGACAUAUCACAUAUAUGAAUGUAUUAAUAUUAUUUCUUUUAUUUAAAUAUGAAAUAUUUUUUAAAUAUCAUAAUAGAUAUAGGACACGUCAUAGAAAGUAUAAUAAAAGUGAUCUAAAAAUGGAUGUUCCAUAUUAUAAAUGGAUUUACAAUAUAUUAUUAAAAUAUAAAGAUAAUAAAAAUAUUUUUUAUAAUAUGAUAUAUAUACAUAAUGAUGUUAUAUUUCUACAAGUUUUAUUUUAUGCGAUAACAAAAAAUUAUUAUAUUUUAAAUGAUAUGAAUCCAAAAAAUGUGGAAAACAUAUAUAUAAAUAAAAUAAAAAGAAAUAAUAAUAAUAAUAAUAAUAAUAAUAAUAAUAAUAAUAAUAAAAUGUUAUUACAAAAUUAUGAAGGAGAGAAUAAAGGAAAUAAAUCAAUACAAUAUGAAGAUGAUUUAUAUGAAUUAAUAAUAAAAAAUUUUAAUAUAUUAUCAGAUCAUUUAAAUGAUAAUAAAUAUUUGAAAAGUAUUAUAUACAAUUUUAUGGUACAUAAAAAUUCCAUUUCACAAAUGAUCAAAAAAAUUUUAAAUAAAAAUAAAUUAGAGAAAUAUGUUAUAUAA